CCUGCCUUGGUCUAACGCCAUCACUACCGAUAUCAACGCGCUUCCAAAUUGAACACGCUCUUUGAAGUGGAAUCUUACCCGUGACUGCCAAGCGUUUCGAUUUGAAUAGGUUAUUCUUGCAUUCUCUUCAUUAAUGUUUCCGUUUGCUCUCUGUACGAAAUGCCAAUAGCCUCGCAAAUCAGACGAGGUUUCUACGGUGUUACAACGAAAAAGCCGGUUCGGACGGCCGCCGCUUAUGUGAUAUCUUUGGUGGUCGGAAUUCUGUUGCUGAGGAGAUUGUCGCAGCGAGAUUACGAGGACACAAAUUCUAGUCUAACUGCAGCUGCACAUGAGCACAAAACAGUGAACCAAGACAAGAUCCAACAAGAUCGACUUGAACGGAUCCGAAAUUACUGCAAUGCAUCAAGAAACAACAAGAACAUCUUUCACAAACUUCCUAAUCGAAAUCACUUUAACUUUGUCGUUAGUGAGAAGCACAAGUUUAUUAUCUGCUAUGUGCCAAAAACCGGCUGCAGCCAGUGGAAAGAUUUACUUCUGAACGUUCUUGCAGUUCGCCCGGUUACACCGAACCAUGACAUCUCACUCUUUGAUUAUUCAAUCUUUAAAUUCUUGAACGAGUUUUCAGUAGAAGAAAGGAAGAAAAUGCUGGAAUCUUAUCAGAAGUUCUACUUUGUUCGGGAGCCAUUUGAAAGAUUACUAUCGGCCUACCGGGAUAAAUUUGUUGGUAAAACGACUCACUUAUAUGAGACAGUUGCCCAGAAAAUAAUUCAGAAAGUUCGCGGUGUUGGUCGAGACAACGAGAACGGUGGAAGACCAACUUUAGCAGAAUUUACCACUUAUCUUAAUCAGUUACCAGACCCUUCCUCGUGGGAUAUGCACUGGCGCCCAGCCCACCAAACCUGCUACCCAUGCGCCGUUGAUUAUAACUAUGUAGGCUACUUUGACACCAUCAAGGAAGACGCUGAUUAUAUUUUAAAAAAGUUACAAUUGGAUGACCAGUUUCAAUUUCCAGCAUUUAGAUCUCACACUUCAGUGUUGCUGGAAAAACACUAUUCCCAGAUCCCACUGCACCAGAUUGUCAAACUCGCAGAUAUCUACCGGGAGGACUUCGAAAUGUUUGGUUUCAAGUACCCCGCUACCAUCAAAAAGCUCUUUAAGGACUGGGUAUGAGAUGUCGCAAAAUUGGAGAGGUUAGGGACCAGUCACUAUUUUUCGCCUGGAUUUGGGGGGGGGAGGGUAUUUCGCCAAUUAACUGCCAAUGGGAGGAGAGAAGCAUAAGAAUAUUACAGAGCCUCAAGGGGGAAUCAGAUACAUUUUAUGGCAACACAAACGAAAUCCUCCGACCCACUCGUCCCCCGGUGACAAAUAAUGACAGGUCCCUCAGAUUAUAUUAAAGCAAAUUAACGAUAUAUAUUCCUUACAGAAGACAGAUAGGUUGGCGGAAUCUAUAGGAGAUGAAGCUAAGAGAAUAAAUCUCUCAUUUCCUAGGGAACUCCGUCUUCCCACGUUAUACUUCUAAAACAAAACUGAUUUGGGACAUCAUAGAUCAAUUCAGAGAUACUAGGUCUUCUUCUCAGUUGUUAUUCGCUCUUAUUACGCAACGCUUUCAGCAUACUAGAUUCUUAUCAAAAGUCCGCCUCUGUGCGAAGUCGUUACUAAUGGCGCCGGAAUUAAUUUUUUUUCGGGAAUAGGAUCCUUUUUUUUUCAGUUUAAAACGAUGGCAUGGGAAAUGAUUCGUAACCGUAGUGAUAGCAGAGGCAAC